GGUGGGGAGCGUGAGUAGCUACUUGUUAAACGAGGUUAAGUGACCCUGUUUAGUUUCAAGAUUUAUCAAGUCUUUACCCCACUGCAAACUCUAGUUUCGUAAAUAGUCGUGGGAAAGCGAAAGGUUUCUAAAAAACCCCAGAUCGGCAGAAAAAUGACGGCCUCUAAUAUCGGCAAUGGUCCGGAAAAGAAUUUCAACGCAAAAGAAGAGCGAAAGCUGCGGAAACCCUUGAUAGAGAAGAAACGCAGAGAGAGGAUAAACUCAAGCCUUGAGCAGCUAAAGGGUAUUAUGGUGGAUGCCUACAAUUUGGAUCAAUCUAAAUUGGAGAAGGCAGAUGUUCUUGAGAUAACAGUUCAGCACAUGGAGAAUCUUCAGAGAGGUUCAGGCGGUAGCAUCAGUCCCGGCACUGGGUUUGAGUCUCGACAAAGAUACAGUAGCGGUUAUAUUCAAUGCAUGCAUGAGGUGCACAACCUGCUCCUGAGUUGCCCUGGGAUGGACAAGACUCUGGGUGCUCGUCUGCUAAACCACUUGCUGAAAUCUCUUCCCCAUAUCAGCACUGAGGCCGGCGGCACGAGUUCUGUUGUCACACCUAGCCCUCUUCCUCUAUCCCCUACCCAAUCCCCUCUAAACCUGGCCUCCUUACAUCCCCGUCCUUUCCACCUGCACACCCCUCCAAUUCCUUCCCCACCCUCCAGCCCCACUCACUCUCCCAGAGUCCCACCGAAUAGAGAGAGACCACGCGAACAGUCCUCUCCCCCCAGGUCUCCUUCCCUUCAGACUCCAGCACGAUCGCCCCUCCACCCUUUCUUUCCAGGAGCUGAUCCCUCAAUGUGGAGACCCUGGUGAAUGAAUGCAGCCCAGCCCCCAUUUGACCUCCUUUGGCCUGCCCUCUUUCACCUAAUAGUUUCCAUUACAUUCGCUCUCUUGAGAGGUUAUGUGCUUUCCACUCAAAGGGGUGCAUCAUAUCCAGUUACAAAGUCCCAUGGGGUUGUGUGGUAUCAUUUAAAGCACUGUACUGCAUGCUUGGAAGCAAAUUGUGCUAUGUUUAUGUUUUGAGGAUAUGAUCACAAAUGACACCAAAGCUGCCCUUGUUGACUAGUAUUGCUUUCUUGACCACUUGUAGGGAAAGCUUAUAAUAACUUACUUUGCUUUUUCUCUCUUUUUUUACUAGAUGGGUUUUAGACAUGAUGUACUGUGGGUUUUAGGGGAUUUUAUGCAUGUUUCUCUAUCCUAUAUGCAAAUCACUAAUGGUGAUUUAGAAAGGGUAGAACUGAGAAGAUCAUUUGUGAAGAAUAUACUCCAUCCUUGUAUAUUACAAGAACAAAGGAGUCUGACUAGUACCUCAUAUUGAAGCAGUUAAAACUGAUUUUCUUUAUGAAAAAUCAGAACUGUGUAUUGAUUUUGUAUUUUCAAAACUUUUGUAAUAAAGGUGAAUAAAAAAAAGAAAAUUACACUGA